CGUUUGACGCAAUGGCUUUAUUAGGGCACGAUAACUUCCUGGUCUGAAUGCAAAACAGAGCUUUAAAAACGUUACCUUCUGUUAGUCGAUGCGCUUUGAUGAAGUUAUUGUCAAACAAGCCGGAGAAAGCGUUUAACCUAGUUAAUAACCGAGCUGGGUUUACAGAGUGUGCUACACAGUGUGGAUUGGUUUAUAACCAAUUAGCACAGAUAUUACAGGACGUGUGUUGUGGUUUGUGGAAACGUCGCGUGCCGGGGUGCGUGCAUGCGCGCGUGAGAGCCAUGAAGGUGAAGGUGAUCUCCAUCCUGGAGGACAACUACAUGUACCUGGUGAUAGAGGAGCAGAGCAAGCAGGCCUUAGCCGUGGACCCCGCUGUACCUCACCGGCUGCUGGAAAUUGUCAAAAGAGAAGGCUUGUUUCUCGUUGCUGUUCUCACAACGCAUUACCACUGGGAUCACGCUCGUGGAAAUGAGGCUCUGGUGAAUGAGGUUCCUAGCCUCAAGGUUUAUGGGGCGGAUGAUCGGAUCAAGGGGCUCACAGAUAAAGUCACAGACUCUCAGGAACUGAAGUUUAACUCCAUCAAUGUGAAGUGCCUGUUCACUCCUUGCCACACCUCUGGUGAUAUGUGCUACUACGUCUGGGAGGAUGAAUGCACAGACGCGCCCGCUGUGUUCACAGGAGACACGUUGUUUAUUGGUGGAUGUGGGAGGUUUUUGGAGGGCACAGCAGAACAGAUGCACCACAAUCUCACCAAAGUGAUUGCUUCCCUACCUCAAGAAACAAAAGUGUUCUGUGGACAUGAGAACACUAUCAAAAACCUAAAGUUUGCACUGCUGGUGGAGCCAGAGAACGAGAAGGUCAAAGAGAUGUUGAGCUGGGCCAGGGCAAGAGAUGAUGACGACAAACCCACUGUACCAUCCACACUAAAGGAGGAGUUUGAUUACAACCCCUUUCUCCGCCUCUCGGAGAAAGCAGUGCAGAAAUUUACUGAGAAGAUGGAGCCUGUAGAGGUGAUGAGAGUCCUGAGAAAGGAAAUGGAUAAAUUUAAGAAGCCCAAGGAAAGACUUCCGCCUCAAGCCAUGUUGGCUUUGCAGUGGGGUCUGCUCAUGAGCUCUAAGGACCAUUUAAGUCCAGCGAUUAAAGACAGUGACUGAAUGUUGCAUCACGCUAAAGACCGUGGAAGCCCUGUAGCUGUCUCUCUUAAAUUAAGAGAUAUUAGUGGGAUUUUAUUUUUGUUAUAAAUCAGCAUUUUUGCACAUUUAACGCAAGGUUGGGACACAGAACUGUGCUAAUUAGCUCGACCCUGUUCUAUAAAUCCGUUUGCUUUUAUGGCUCAUAAUCUGUGGUCAGACCCAUUCAUCCAUAGCAAUACUAAUAAAUGUAAAGUUUGAAUGUGGAGUAAAUGCCUAAAUGUACAGGAUGAGUUAUUUUUAUAAAAGUGUUUAGGACAUUUUCAGAAGCCCAAAUAUUAGUUCUGAUUUAAUUAUGCAGAACAUUUUAUCGGUAGAAAAGUCCUGACAUUAAAGUGAAAUUUAAUGCAACAAAAAUUGCAUAUAAAUAUUAAAACACAAAAAUGUCACAAGGCAAUAGAAUAUUUACUGUAAAGUCAGCAUGGGCUAAUGAGAUUUAUGCUAUAUGAUCUCGGUUCAUAGUAUUCUGAUGCAAAUAUUUAAAACAGUUCGGAUUGCUUUUAUUUAAUGCAAAUAAAAAAAAAUUCUAUUGCUUCCAAAAACAUAUAGAAUGUUGCUCAUGAGAGGUACAGUAAAUGUUAGCUAUUCACAUUUUUGUACAUGGAUAAAAUAUAGAAAACUCCACUGAAUUUAACAGUAAAUCACAGGUAAAUAUAAUUAUUGUGCAGCAAUUUACAGUAGGACCUCUAAAUAUGAAAUUAUCUGAAUUCAGAUGUUUCCAGAUGUGAAUGGCACAAACACUAGCUUUGUUGUGUGAGAAUACUGUUUUCCAAGGUGCCCAAACUUUAUCCAUGUGGGGUCAAAAUUGUCAAGUUAGAAGUUCUCAAAAAAGUAUUUUCAGAAGCCCAAAUAUUUGAAGUAAAGAAGUAACUUCAAAUGAAGUAAAGUCAUUGUGAGUUGUUUUUUGUUCUACCAGCAGCUAAACAUGCCAUGUUUGAAUAAAAUGAACAAAGUAGUCUGAUUGUUGAAGAAA